GAGGCGGGCCCGCCCCCUGUGCGCGCAGGCGCGCGCGGCGCGGGUCUCGGACGGCAGCUCGGCGCCGGGCGGCCACGGGCGGGCCUCGCAGCUUGUAGGCCUACCAGGAUGGAGGGGAAUGCCGAAAUGGAGAUGCUGAGAACACUGAAGGGGCCCUCCACAGGAGAGGUCAACGUGCACCUGGUGGCCAGAGACAGCCCAGGUUCCAGCUCUCACCUGCCCACUACUGCCUUCAUCAUACCAGCCGGCUCCACCACCCUUGGCCUGCCCAGCAGUGCCCUGGAUGUUUCCUGUUUUCCACGGGAGCCCAUCCAUGUGGGCACUCCGGAGCGAGUGGCGGGCAGCGUACCUGUCACGGCCACCGUUCUGCCGCAGUUAAGCCCCGGGCCUGCGGCCAGCUCCGGCGCCACCUCAGUGCGGCUCCUGGAGUGGACGGAGGCCGCAGCCCCGCCUCCUGGGAGCGGCCUGCGGUUCCGGAUAAGCGAGUACGCACCGCUGAGCAUGGUAGGAGCGGAGCAGCCCCCGAGUCCAGAGCUACGGCCCGAAGGUGUGGCCGAAUAUGAAGAUGGCGAGGCCCCGGCGGGAGGUGGCGAUGCGGGCACCCAACAGCCGGCGGACCUCCCCCAGGAUCCUCCAGAAGAUUCCCCCCAGGAUCCCCCAGAAGAUGAUGGCACCUGUCAGUGCCAGGAGUGUGGACCUCAGCAAAGCGCGGUUCCAGAUCCUGUUGGUUCCUCCAAUGAUGACUGCCCGCCGCUGUUCCAAGAGCGGUCAGUCAUAGUGGAGAACUCCUCAGGCCAGAACUCCUGCACCAGCGCUUCUGAGCUUCUCAAACCCAUGAAGAAGAGGAAGCGCAGGGAAUACCACAGCCCCUCAGAGGAGGAGUCAGAGCCUGAGGCCUUGGAGAAGCAAGAAGAAGGAAAGGAUCCAGAGGGACAGCCGGCUGCUAGCACCCCAGAGAGUGAGGAUUGCAACAACAGCCAGUCUGCAUCAGGGGAGAAGAAAGAAGGCUGGUCAUGGGAGUCCUACCUCGAGGAGCAGAAGGCUGUCACUGCCCCUGUCAGCCUCUUCCAGGACUACCAGGCAGUCACUCAUAAUAAGAAUGGCUUCAGACCGGGCAUGAAGUUGGAAGGCAUCGACCCUCAACACCCGUCCAUGUACUUCAUCCUCACCGUGGCCGAGGUGUGUGGCUACCGCCUACGUCUGCACUUUGAUGGGUAUUCCGAGUGCCAUGACUUCUGGAUCAAUGCCAACUCCCCUGACAUUCACCCUGCCGGCUGGUUCGAGAAGACUGGACACAAGCUGCAGCCCCCCAAAGGUUACAAGGAGGAGGAGUUCAGCUGGGGCCAAUACCUGCGCAGCACACGAGCUCAGGCCGCCCCCAAGCACCUGUUCAUGAGCCAGAGCCACAGCCCCCCACCCCUGGGCUUCCAGGUGGGCAUGAAGCUGGAGGCAGUGGACCGCAUGAACCCGUCCCUCGUCUGCGUGGCCAGCGUGACCGACGUGGUGGACAGCCGCUUCCUAGUGCAUUUUGACAACUGGGAUGAUACUUACGACUACUGGUGUGACCCCAGCAGCCCCUACAUCCACCCGGUGGGCUGGUGCCAGAAGCAAGGAAAGCCCCUCACCCCUCCACAAGACUACCCAGACCCUGAUAGCUUCUGUUGGGAGAAGUAUCUGGAAGAAACCGGGGCAUCUGCUGUGCCCACCUGGGCCUUCAAGGUGCGGGCCCCACACAGCUUUCUGGUCAACAUGAAACUGGAGGCCGUGGACCGUAGGAACCCAGCCCUGGUGCGCGUGGCCAGCGUGGAGGACGUGGAGGACCAUCGGAUAAAGCUCCACUUUGAUGGCUGGAGUCACGCCUAUGACUUCUGGAUUGACGCCGACCACCCAGACAUCCACCCUGCGGGCUGGUGCUCCAAGACAGGACAUCCCUUGCAGCCUCCUCUCCGACCCAGAGAGCCCAGCUCUGCCUCCCCCGGGGGCUGUCCCCCUCUCAGCUGUCGGAGCCUGCCACACACUAGGACCUCCAAGUACAGCUUUCACCACCGGAAGUGCCCCACUCCUGGUUGUGAUGGUUCCGGACACGUCACAGGCAAGUUCACAGCUCACCAUUGCCUCUCGGGCUGCCCGCUGGCUGAGAGGAACCAGAGUCGGCUGAAGGCGGAGUUAUCCGACACAGAGGCCUCGGCCCGUAAGAGGAACCUCUCGGGCUUCUCCCUAAGGAAGAAGCCUCGCCAUCAUGGCCGGAUUGGACGCCCUCCUAAAUACCGGAAGAUCCCACAGGAAGAUUUCCCAACGCUAGCCGUGGACGCUAUGCACCAGUCCCUCUUCAUGUCAGCCCUGUCGGCCCACCCGGACCGCUCGCUGUCCGUGUGCUGGGAGCAGCACUGCAAGCUCCUGCCGGGAGUGGCGGGCAUCUCGGCCUCCGCGGUUGCCAAGUGGACCAUUGAUGAGGUCUUCAGCUUCGUUCAGACCCUGACCGGCUGUGAGGACCAGGCACGACUCUUCAAAGAUGAGGUGAGGUACAAGUGCAGAGUGGGGGCAGAAGGGUCAGUCACUGAGGCAACAGGGAGCAGAUGCCCUCAGCAGCGCUGCCCCCUGCCAGGGAGCGCCCUCUGUGGUCCUGCCUGUGGGAGACUGGUCACAGUGACCCACGUCUCUGGGAAAAAUCCAGUAUGGACCGUGGCCCAGCUUGCAAACCCUCUGUGUUCAGAUCACCGCAGGAAGGAGAAUGCCUCUCAGAGACGGGGCUCCAUUCGCUCCUCUGCUCUCCGUGCGGCCCGUCUUCCAAACCCAGCUCACUAGGGACAGUAAGCUCAAGUGGGUCCUGAAAGGCAUAGGUCUGCCUCUUACUGCCAGCGUCCUAACACAUACGUAGUACCGAGACCCGAAAGCUUACCAAGGACGAGAAGCAGUGAGUCGUACAUAAAAGAACCAUAGCUUUACAGACAGGGUGGGUGUGAAUCCCAGUUCUGCCAGUUCGAGCCCUAUACUGUGCGUGAGUCUGCAUCUUCUUAUCUAUAAAAUGAGUUAAAACAGGGAUAAUGCGGGCCAUAACGGUGACAGCCUCGCAGGGCUGUCCUGAGCAAUGGCAAUGAUGAAUGGAUCAUGAUACCAGAAUGUCUAGUAUAAUUAUAUCGCUAGCCUGCUAUAGAGUAAUACACAAAUCCUAUCACUAUAACAGAAUGCCUGGUACUGGGGUGGGGGUUGGGGGCUCAGUGGUGGUUUUAACUCUGAAUAGUCGUCCUUAAGUCCUCAAGUGAAGAGUUUUAUCGUGACUCUCCGAAUUCACACAGUUUGAAACUGGAAGGGUAGCUUGGAGUUUGUUUAGAUCUCCCCUCCCAAGAAUACACGCGUCCAUCCCCCUUCAUCCAGGAAAGCGUAGUCUCAGCUUCCCAUAAAUGAGAAAGGCGCCCAUAGGAAAGAAGUCUGUUCCUCUUCCCUGAGAAGACUCAUUCCCUCCAGACCCAGCACAGCCGGUUCUUCAUAGUAACCUCGUGCGGGGGAGCCCACAGAUGCCACCCCACUCCAGGUGCUUGCCUCCUGGGCUGGUGGUCUUACUCUGACAUAUGUGUUCAGGGCUGUACCCCGGUUUCAGAUGCUUUCUGACCAGCACAGAACACGCCGGUUGAGUUCUCCCAUACGUGCUUUCUGGUUUGGUUUUUAAAAGGGCUUUAUCUUUACAGAGCAGUUUUAGAUUGACAGCAAAAUGGAGAGGAAAGUACAGAGAUUCCCCAUCCAACCCCCACCCUGACACCCCCACCCACCACCAGGCACAGCCUGCCCCCCCCCACCUUAUCAGCUGCGCUCACCACAGGGGCACACUUGUUAGAAUCGUUGAACCAACACCCAGAUGCUUUUUAAUGGAGUUAAAAAUGUACAUGGAACAAAAUCCAUGCACCUUAGAAGUACAGUUCCACGAGUUUCGUGAGACGAACGCACAUGAACCCAGCACUUCAGCCAAGAUCUAGAACGUUCCCAUCAUACCAGGGAGUUCUUACAGACGUCUUUCUUGGCCCCUUUGUCAGUCCCCGCCCUCAUCAGCGGCCACUGUUCUAAUUUCUAGCACCGUAAGUUAGUUAUACCUGUUCUCAGACGUCACAUAAAGGGGGGUGCAGCUUUUAUCCUUUGGUGUCUGUCUCUUUUCACUCAGUGUGAUGUUUCUCAGGCUCAUCCGUGUUAUCGUGUAUACCAGUGGUCUGUCCAUUCGUAUUGCUGAGUUCUGCUCCAUUUUAUGAAGAGCCCAUGCUUCUCCCGUUACUGGAUAUUUGGGUUGUUUUCUCUUCCCCUAGAUGCAAACCCUAUAUAAUUUUUCUUUUCUUUUCUUUUUCUUUUUUUUUUUUUUAAGCAAAAAUUAAGUUUGCACUAGCUUCAUUAUAGCCACAUCAGACUAGCUUGGAGGUCACGAAAGUCCCCAAGUGCCUUUUAUUAUAUCAAUUAUCCAUUAUAUUCUAACCACAUUUUCCAGUUUGUUACUUGUACCACUGUUCUUUUUUUUAUUAACCUAAUGUAAAACUUUACAUUUAUCCCUAUUAAAUGUUAUUUUGUUGG